AUGGAUCAAAAUGACAAGUAGAUUGAUGAAGAAUAGUUUAAAAAAGAAUUUGAAGAAAGGGUCGAAAAGCGUAAGUAAUGGUUGUUAGAGGAAUUGAAGAGCUGUGGAAAGUUUUUAGAUGUAAGUGCAAAGAAAUUAGAUGAUCUAGAUGCUUUGACUGUAAUGAUCUAUUCAAAUAUUCAAAGAUAGCACUCUAUCUUCAUGAAUGUUAAGCAGAAUUAACAGUGUUUCACAUUGGAGCAAAUUCAAUAACUGAUAGAGGAUUUAUUGACAUGUUGACAGGAUUGUAAUGGCAUGACAAAUUAAAGGAAAUAUAUAUUGGGAAUAAUGAAAUAACAGAAGUAUUAAUAAUAAUCUAUAUUAUUAGAUUGGUAUUUAAGGUUUAAUUGAGAUUUCAAGUUGCUUCAAAUAAUUGAAAAUCUUAAGUAUGAGUUCUUGUUCAAUUGAUGAUUCUACUUUCAUAUAACUUUGUUAUGCAUUACCAGAAUUAAAGAAUCUAUAAUAAUUACAAGUGCCAGCAAAUAAUAUAUCAGAUUAUGGUAAUAUUAUAUAUAACUAUUUUAUAGGAUUGAUUUGUUUCUCCACAUUAUUAGCUACCAAUAGUUUACCUAAUCUUACAGUAGUUCAUUUUGGCAAUAAUCCAUUAACAUCAAAAUCUUUAGUUCCAUUCUUUUAAGCUAUGAAGAAAAAUAAAACUAUAAAAAUUCUAUAUUUAAAUGAUAUAGGAAUGGAAUUGGCUACAAUCAAAUAGUUGGCAGUUUGUUUGAAGAAAAACAAAACACUUGAAGAUUUAAAUUUAGGAAACACAGGAUUCUCAGAUAGUGCUGCAAUAAUUUUAUGGCCUAGUCUAAAAUAUCUAAAGAAAUUGUAAUUGUGGAAUAAUCAUUUAACUAAUAAGGCCAUAUAUGAAUUUAUUAAUGUUCUUGAAAGAGAAGACAUUGGAUUAACUUAUGUUGGAUUAUAAGAUAAUGAAAUUGAAGAAUUUGAUUUGGUUGAAGAUUUGAAUGCUUUACUUAAAUAAAAUGAAAUCAUAGAUAAAUUAACAGAAUAGAUAGAACAUAAGGAAGAACCAGAAGAGGUAGAUGAAGACAAACAAGUUAAAUAAAUGAUUGAACUUGCUAAAUUAGAAGAAAUUGAAGAAAAAUUAGGGGAACUAGAAAAACUUAAUGAACCUUAAGAAGAGAUAUAGGAUGUUGUUAAUGAAUUAUAAGGGAAAUUAAAAACUAAGAAAUGGGCUGGAGAGAUUGAAGAUCCUGAAGAUAAAACAUUGAAACACUCGGUAAUGGAAUGA